AUGGAGUCGCAGUGCGACUACUUCCCGGCCGUGCCCUUCCCGGCGGACGAGGCGGUCUCGGCUGAGCCGGGCCGCUACCGAGCCCUGCCACGCCGCAACCACCUCUACCUGGGCGAGACGGUCUGCUUCCUCAGCAGCAGCGGCGGCGGCGCCCCCCGGCCGCCCUGGGGGGAGCUGGCCGGCUCCCUGGCCGCCCUGGCCAGCAUCAGCCCUGCCGCCGCGCCCCCCUUCACCAUCAGUUACACCCUCCUCAACAACCUGCAGGACUUCCUGGCCGUGCGCCUGGUGUGGACGCCAGAAAGCACAGCUGCAGGCAAGACCCUUUCCUGUGCAGAACGGCGGGCCGUCCAUGACACCCAGGACUCAAUCAUCUGCCACACACCCCUCAACAACCUGGGCUACUCUCGCAAGGGCAGUGCCCGCACCUUCUGCGUCACCUUUCAGGCUCUGCGGGCUGGCCUCUAUGAGCUGUCCCAGCACAUGAAGCUGAAGCUGCAGUUCACCGCCAGCAUCUCCAACCCGCCCCCCGAGGCCCGGCCCGUCUCCCGCAAGAGCAGCCUCGGCAGUCCCGCCGUGCUCCGGGAGCUGGUGGAGCGGCACCAGGCCAGCCUGGGCCGCUCCCAGAGCUUCUCCCACCAGCAGCCGGCCCGAGGGCACCUCAUGAGGUCCCGCAGCGUCAUGGAGCGCCGAGCCAUCACUCCGCCUGUGGGCUCCUUUGUCGGCCGACCCCUUUACUUGCCCCGGGACAAGGCUGCGCUUUCCCUUGACAAAAUCGCCAAACGGGAGUGCAAUGUGCUGGUGGUGGCACCUGUCACAUGA